GCAUCAGCCUGUUGCCCUGCGCGUCCACGACACCAUGAGCAUGGGUACAUGCUCCAAGCUGCCGCCUGCCCACCUGUCUCGUCUUCCUUCUCUCCACCUUCUUUUGUCAGGCAACCGCUACCUCGAUCCCUGGAUGUCCACCAUUCCUCGUUACGCCACGACUCCCCGUCACAUGCUCAGACCACGAUUCACGCGCCCAUCUGAGCGAUCCGGCCACUUCCACUCGGUACACCUAUGUACAUUCGCUGCACCAGCCCUGCCCCGAGCCAAAAGAAUUAUCUGACAACUGUCUGCACAUGCUUCCUCCCAACCUUACCAUGUCGAUCGAAGGCCUCAGACAGCGGCAGAUGCCCGUUGAGCCACCUGUCAUCGCAAAGCUAAAAGCACAGCGUACCAAAACACCUGCCCGUCCACAAGACCCCGAGCCAGCCCAACAUCCAGCGGGCGACAUUAAGCAUGGCGCCUUUGCACAGGCCCUGCGCAUGUUUUUGUUCGCAGCCUACUUCGCCGGGAGCAUCAUGGCCAUCGCUAUCACGCAGUACUUCGGCUGUCCCUUGUAUCUAUACAGCAAGAACCUCUUCUAUGCAUGGAUGGCCAUGUCCAAGCAGCAUUUUGGCAUCGUCGUCACCACCAUGACCUACUGGUGGGCUCCAGUUACAAUGCGAGUCAGUGGAGAUAAGAGCAUGAGGGGACAACUGAGAAAAACAAAGGAUGGCAGAUUGGAGUCUGAAUUUCCUGAACGACUAGUCCUUAUUUCCAACCACCAGAUUUACACCGACUGGGUCUACCUCUGGUGGGUGGCCUACACGGCUUCGAUGCACGGCCAUCUCUACAUUAUCCUUAAAGAGUCGUUGAAAUAUAUACCCGUCAUAGGCUGGGGUAUGAGGCUAUAUGGCUUCAUUUUCCUCUCGCGCAAGUGGUCGACGGAUAAGGAACGUUUUCAGCAUCGGCUGAAAAGGUUGACCACCAGCCAUAGCGGCCCGUUGUCUGGUUCCCAGGAACUUGACCCAAUGUGGCUGCUCAUCUUUCCCGAAGGCACAAACCUCAGCUCAAAUGGCCGAGCGGCAAGUAAAAAGUGGGCAGAAAAGAACAAGAUUGACGACUUGAGGCAUGCAUUGCUACCAAGGAGCACGGGCUUAUUGUUUUGCUUGAAAGAGCUUAAGGGCUCCGUCGAGUAUCUGUACGAUUGCACAGUAGCCUAUGAAGGCGUCCCCGUCGGCCAAUACGGUCAAGAUCUCUUCACCCUCCGUGGUACCUACUUCCAAGGUCGUUCUCCAAAAUCAGUAAACAUGCACUGGCGCCGCUAUGCCACCGCCGACAUCCCAGUCCAUGAUGAAAAGGAAUUCUCGGAUUGGCUACUCCUUCGUUGGCGCGAAAAGGAUGACCUCUUACAGUAUUUUGUCGAAAACAACCGUUUCCCUGCAGAUGAUGGCGAAACACCUAAUGUCGACAGUGGAGAGCCAUUGAAGGGCGCAGGCUGGAUAGAGACGGAUGUUCGACCGGUCAAGUGGUACGAGUGGUUGCAGAUUUUUGUCCCAACUGCUGCUCUUGGGCUCGUCGUCAAUGUUUUUGUCAAGAUUUUCAACAUCGUCAUGAAGGUGGCGGGGGUGAAGUCUAAAGCCUAGAUUGCCAAAGAAAAGAGAGCAAGGAAAGGCCUUGAGUCGGAUUAAAGAAGUAAUCGGGCCGUUGCAAAAGUUGGAGCUGUCCAGGCCUUGGUCGGCGGCUGUUGUUGUUACGUUCGCUGGGGUGUGGUACAUUUGUAGGUAGAUCGCUUUGAUACCCCUCGUCCAUUUUUUUUCGGAUGAUACUCUCUACUCUGAAUCGUUACACUUGUAGUGUAAGAAGUAAUACAAUGAAUGUAAUUAGAAACAGGGUACAGACUAGAUAGUAGCUAAGAACACUUUUCAUGAAGUGCAUCCCUCCACAACAAUCUAGCUUUGGGUAC